AUGUCCCCGGAGGUGAGUUGUAGUGGCGAGUUGGAAAAAGUCAUCGCACCGAAGGGCGCAAUCCAAGCCGCGCACGAUACGGAAAGUUUGUAUCAUGUCUCCGCGCAACUGCCUAUAACUCAGAGGAUAGAGAUUAAGGUUAGUUAAGCGGAUCUCGUAUGGCAGUGCACUUUGGCCUCCUACUAAUUUUGUGGCUCGCCUCUGCACCCUUUCGAGCAGAUCGUAAUCCUGAUGCGUCCACGGUCUCCAGGCCUGAAUUGCAUAUUCGAGAUGGGGCCUUAUAAACGUGCCGAAGACUUUGGUGAAGCAGUCUUCAUCGAAAACUACGAAUGCCCGCUUGAUGGCAUAUAGCAUUGACGUUGCGGCCUUGGCCGCCUUACAGCACUGUGUAGAAGGCUUUAGGCUGUCUGCAACCCAAACUCCGAGAUCUUUCUGAGUUUCUGCUUCUCGGAGUGGCAUUCCGUUCAGAUGGUAUUGCCGCGUACUAGGGGUCUGAUUUCCGAGGCGCAGAAUGGUGCAUUUGUUCAAAUUGAAAGACAAGAGCCAUCUGCGGGACCACUCAUCCAACCGACAAAGAUUUUCUUGGAAGUUGGUCUCAUCGGCAGCAUUCUGGAUGACUUUCCAGAUUUUUAUGUCAUCCGCAAACAUGGCACAAUCACAGUCCAACCCAUCUACGCAAUCAUUGAUGAACAAGAGAAAGAGAGUUGGUCCGAGCACCGAGCCUUGUGGGACCCCACUCUCUAUGAAUGUGCACCUUGAUUGCUGUUGUUCUACGCAGACAAUUUGGGAGCGGCCGACAAGGAAAUUUUCGAUCCAUUUGAGAAGUUUGCCACCGAUGCCCAUAAUUCUCAACUUGUGUAGGAGACGCUGGUGCGGAACACUGUCAAACGCCUUCCGAAAAUCAAUAUAGGCAACAUGCACGGUGUGUUUUGCGUCCAGUGCUCGUGUCCAACUUUGCAUUGUGUAUAGCAAGUUCGUAACACAUUAUCUUCCCCUACGGAAACCAUAUUGUGUAUUGGACAAGAGGUUGUGGGUUUCCAAGUAAGCCAUCAACUCCUUUUUGAUGGUUUUCUCCAUCAUUUUGCAGCAGAUUGAUGUCAGACUGACGGGUCUGUAGUUUGUCGCCUGAGCACGACUACCGCUUUUGUAAAGGGGUGUAAUGUGGGCCGUCUUCCAGUCUGUGGGAAGAAUUCCAGCAUCAAACGAUUUUUGGCACAGAAAGGAUAGUGGCUUGGCCAGCUGUUGGGCAAGCUCAAAGAGCAGCUUUGCUGGAAUCUCGUCCGGACCGGGAGAUUUACAUUCCUUCAAGCUUUUCAGUUCUUCCAAAAUCGCUUCUUCUCGAAACACAAUAUUUUCGAUAGUGGAAUCUCUCGUGUUCUCAGAAUUAGAUGGGGUAAAGUCCGCUUCUUUUGUGAAAACGGAUCGGAAAAAUUGAGAAAUGUGCUCAGCCUUAUUUGUACUGUCCGAUAUCUCCAAGCCGUCAUCACCCCUCAUAACAGGAAUGGGAUUCCUGUUACGUGUGCUUUUCCGCAAAUAGCUGUAGAGCUGUAGAGUUCUAUUUCCUUCUUAUAUAGUUGUCCAUUUUGAAAGCACUUUGGUUUCUAGCCGCUGCUACUUCUCUUGCAAAAGCCACCUGAAUCUGAAAUUAAUUUCUUUCCUGCGUCUUCUGUGGAAUACUCUCCAUCCUGCUUCGACUUGAUGUUUAUCACUGCCGUUCGAUCCCUCGUCGAAGAGAAUGGACCAUUCUGCUGUAUCCUUUAGUGUGCUCGUCAGCUCUAGUAAGCCCCUAUCAUCGAAAGCGCACGUGUAUACCAAGUGAUGAACAUUCAUACCAUACGACCUUUGAAGUCUGGAGUUUAGUAGCUACUCUUCGGCUUCGAAAAAAUUCCAGGUUAGCAAACGGUGACUGCUCUUACCAAACGAAACCUAAUCGUUGUCACUUCCUCUGAACUCUCCAAUUAAGUGAAAAUGUUUAAAGUCGACUGACCACAGAUUAAUUAAAAUACCCAACAAGGCGGUUUUAUGGAAAAAAAGUCUGUAUUGGUUUAUAGCUGUCUCCCUGCAACUGUCCUUAAGAUCACUCGUAGUUACCCGAAAAGGUAACAUCAGGGUCUGUCGAAGUAAGUUAAACAGAAAUGCCAGAAUGGCUCGUGUGAUUGAGCAGAAAAACGUAAAAGUGCGGUUCCACCGUUCCUCGUUUAAAUUUACAACUAGGAUCCAGGCAUAAUGACCACGCACUGUGAAGUAAAUCAGCGAAAUUCCUCGCGAUAAUAUAAUUUCAAAAAGGCUCAAAUGUUUGGUGAAUUAUCAUCAAAUAUCUGCUCAUAUUUCCCCUACUCCACUGGCAAAGGAUUCAUGCGGUCAACCAGCCAACUGGAUGUGUGCGCUCUUAAACCGUACCGAACUUACAAAAUUAGAUUGUCCCGUUGUUCUUGCGGACGUAUGUCCCUUCUAUCUUUCCAAUUCCUUAAGCGGAUGUCUAUGCUUAGAGCAAAGGUAGAACCUUAUCGUGAUUUGCCCUUAUAACGGUACGUAAAACGUUCCUGCGACAUAAAUACCGUGCUUUUAUCAGACGUAAGUGGAACGAAAGACUGGGACCACUAGAAAACGUAACGAAUCGGUAGUAUAACAAGAGAUGGGGAGUUUCAAUAAAAAGGACAGGCUGAAGUUGUCUCCUGAAUGGAUCCAGCAUGCUGUUACCCACGACCCCUGAUUCGGCUAGAGCUAUUGCAAACGGCCCCCGACUGAGUCGUAGAAUUGUCAUCUGAAGUAUUUUUGAUUUUGCAAGAACCAGUCAAAUGGAAGCCAUCGGAAAAAAUUGAACUUAUAAGAACGUCAUGCCAAACUUACAAAUUCAGUAGAUAAGGGUUGGUACUAAACUACUUUCAUCCCCGGGCACCGCUGAACCAUUGCAUAGAGAAAUGUCGAGCCUAAUUAAGGCCAGAGUCACUGUACGAUUACAUCCAAAGACGACAAUAUGCUGAGGUUGAAUUAAAAAGGAAAAUUGGUUGGUGUAAUGCAUCCUCGGGAGACUGAAGUUGAAGAAGCGUAUAACCUUGUGUGCACGGUACGGCUGGAGAGUAGUGGAGUUUAAGGCCACUUGGAUGAUUACCGUAUGCGACCGUAAGUUUCGUAAUUUAAGUGAUCCGAGCUACAGCUCGAUGCGGAUCAAGGACAAGUAACUGGAGAAACUUGUGUAUUUUACAUACAAAAAAAACUCAAAAUUCAUACUAGAAGGGAACUAUGCAGCAUGAGACCCUUGUUAGCAAUGACUUCUUUGAUUCUGUCUGAACUUGGCGUGCGUGUUCCUGGUUUGGCCCUGUGAGAUCUUGCUCCACUCUCUGGCAAGUGAGACAUUUAGGGUCUCAUUGCGAUUGUGAGGCUUGUUCCAGGCCUCCUCCUCCUUCUCCUCCUCCUCAUCCUCAUCCUCAUCCUCCUCCUCCUCCUCCUCGACGUACGCGUAAAUGCUGUGGUCGAGGGGACUUAAGUCUGGUGGGGAUGACGGCCACAGAUCCUUAGGUCGGAAAUAGGGCAUGUGGUCUUUCAGCUACUUCUGUUUUUUUCCGUAACGUAUGUGGAGGCGUACCAUCUUGCUGGAAGAUCACAUUGUCGUUUGGAGUGCAAUUGGGAUCUAUACAAGAAUAGACAUGCAUCUGAAGAACAUCCAGAUACACGUCUGUGUUCACUUUGACUCCCGCCUUAAUGAUCACAGGGGGCAUGACUUUGCAGCCUGAGGCAAUCAGGCCAAAGACCAUCACCGACGAAGGAUGUUUGGUCUGAAACUUGCAGUUAACAUUCUCAGGUGUCUCUUUGACAUUCGGGGGGCUUAUGGAUCUGUUCGACCGUUGGACAUUGAAUCGACCGUAAAGAGUUUUUUGUCGGGAUCGAGCGCCGUGUGGUCCUUUCUUGGGGAAGCUUAGAAAUCCCUUAAUUCUCUCCAGACUCUACGCUUUCACAGCCUCAAAAACGAGGGGCGUCUUGGUGCUAGCCUUUGACCUAGCCCUCAGGUCCUUUUUCACGAUAUUUCUGACCAUGUGCCCUGGCACCUCAAGCCCCAAAGCCAUCUUCCUCAUGCUCCAGACUGGACUGCAACGAAUACGAUCCCGGACAGUCCUUAUAAGACGGGGGUUCGAAUAUUUCCUAUUUUUCCACUACCAGGCAUAUUGUUGAUGCGGCUGAGCUUCUUAUAACGGUCAAUAAUGGUGUAAACUGUUGACCUGGUCAUUUCCCACUUGGAAGCGAUAUCUGUGGGCUAGAGGCCAUUGAGACUGAGUUUACUAACUGCCUCACGUUUUUCAUGGCAAAAUAUUUGAAAACUGCUUCCAAGAGAUUAUUAUUGCAUUGUUACUACGGUAUUCUGAAUAAAAAAGCAUAAAUUUCUAUGCAAAUAUUUUCAAAUAGUAAUGGCGAAACUAUUGGGAAAGUAAAAGUCGCAUACGAUAAGAUUAAGAGCAGGGGAAUAUUGUAAUUCCGGCCCAAGUAAGAAGAAGGAGUGCAUCGGCAAGUGGAAGGUGGGUGCCCGGAGCAUAUAAAGGACGCACGGGGAUAGUAAGAUAAGGUCAGAAAACAAUCAGUCAAAGUGGCUAGUGCAACUGCGCAAUGGCCACAUUGCUCGUAGUGUACCUAUUCCCUCAACUCGCCUACACGUGUGAAUAAUUUACAGAUAUCUAAUUUUCCGUGAAUUGUACGAAAUAGGUCGUCUUCCUAAACGAGAACUGCAAAAUGCCCUGCCCACUUAAUAAAAUACAGCGAUACAGUUCAUCUGACUUAAUGUAACGCUGUCAAGAAAAGUUGUCCUCGCCAUUUGUGUGUAUUGCACCGGUAAAGGAGAGAAUUUUGGCUAGAUCGCAGUUGAUAGCCAGGAAUGGGGAAGCGGACGGUGACGUUAACCCUUAUCCUAACCUUAACCCUAACCCUAACCUCAAUCUUAAACGGAAACCGUUAACCCUAACGGCAACCCUAACCCUAACCGUAAUCGUAAACGUAACCGUAACUCUUAGACAUAGCCGUAACUGAAAAACCUAACCGUAAUACUGAAACCUAAUCGUACGCUCAAACCCUAACCGUAAUCCGAAAACCUAAGCCUGCAGGCAUAACCCUAAACCGAAAAUCGGAAACCAUUAACCGGUACCCUAAUCAUAUCCUCAAACGUAAAACGGAAGCCAAAUGGGUCAGAUGUGAGUAUGGAGCCCCACAAAAUAGCCCUAGUAAACAACCCCCUCCGCCACCUGUAAUACGGGGCCUGGCUACCAACUGCGAUCGAGCCGAAAAUUGAUCAACAAAUCCAACGUAUAAGCGCGGAUGAUGUGAUGUUCGGAUAUACACACGUCAAGAGAAUCAACUCGUUCAGAACCGGAGCUAACAUUGUCAGAAAUCGUCGAACCAUGGGAAAAAUAUUGAACCCUGUCGAUCGGUCUGGCGCAAUCGUUGGAGUUUACUUGAAGUCUGCAACCGGAUAGUACGCCAUUUGCAGAAACGUGUGUGCAAACACCCUCUUAUGAAAAUUCUGCCACCUGGGUAACCCAGGUGUACAAUUAGAUAUUUAUGAGGCUCUCCUCAGUAAUCCGGGCUAUAGCGCUGGGCUCCGCAAACGCCAAGCCUUGGUUUCGGGUGUGUAAGACACUUGCCAAAGGCAAACCUUUUUGAGCAGUUCAGUGGGUGGAACUGGUGUUGCUGCUUCCCUCCUUCUUCCUAAUUGGUGGUGGUUGGGUUGGGAAGUGUGCGUGUGGCGGCAUGCGGAGGAUCUAUCGGUCAUGACAACCCAAUAUCCUUGCGGUGGGGUGUCUAACCCCACCGAAGGGAUCACGCGGUAGAUGUGAUGGACCAACAUGAGGACCAUAUCAGAUUCCGCCAGCCGUUAUUGGAAUACAUAUCAUAAGAAAUGCCAAGAUUUUGGGGUGCGGUGGCAGACCCGGUUGCCGGCAGACGUCAGGCACACUGGGGCCCCUGCUAAUCCCCAUUUUUGUUGUUGGUCAAAAUCCUGGUCGUUUGCUGUGUGGACUAGGGGGUGUGCAGUGGAGGGCCAAGUUGUGGGCUCGACCGAGCCAUCCACCUGCGCCCUCCUCCGCCACAGGUCUUCUUGACUGUGUCUUGACAUCGGACCUAGGUGAGGGAGGAGGAAAGAGUGCGAUAGAUGCAGCGCACGUCUUCUACCAUUAUAAACUAAUUCACGUACAAGUCACCCUGCCAACUCUCGCCAUGCUGUGAGGCACACGGUGGACAUCGUCGGCAACGAUGGUCGCGCUGCCGGUUGAAGUUGGACUUCAGCGACUGCCAGUAUUAAAAAGUGGGUAGCCAUCAAUGGCUGAAUAGUUGGUAAGUAUUUAAAAGAGUAAGUGAGCCUAUGGAUGCUAAACUUCGUACACUAUACUGCCAAUCAUUCGACAGACGUUAUAGGCCAUACCACCAGCAAGCAUACAUAUAUCAUAUAGUCUUAACGGAGGCGAGUGGAAAGCAUACUGCGCGAAAGUGUAUCGCCCUGUUUUAGGGUACUGCCGGUGCACUUAGACAAAUUGCAGUACAAUGUGUGGUUCUGUCUAACGUUUCGUGAUAUCUGUAGGUUCUGAGAAGCUGCCCUUGAAGCGCUUAGCUGCAGCAGUUUGAUAUCUUACAGCUCUACUCUAAAAUCAUUAAUUAUUCUCGCAAAGGAUGCCGCAUAAUCACCAUACAAACUAAAAUCCAUAAAACUUGCUUAGGUCGUUGUGUAUAGGUCCUGUGUCAACAUUACGUACCCCAUUUUUCUGUCUUAUUUUUGGUUAUUUAUAUACCCCAUAUUCCAGCAGUAGUGCUUUAACUUUCAAGUCAUCGUAAGCGACUACUUCCGCCGUGUGCACUUCAGAGUGGGCGUGACACCUGUGAUUUGCGUGUGAAUUAGUUUACAGAGAGGAAGACUUUCGCAACAUCUACCGCCUCGCUGCGGGCUGACCAACCUUACUCUAGCGGAAAACAGUGGCAAGUAGGCCGGAGGUGGUCGCGGGCACAGCAGCCGGCAAACCUACAGAUAUAGUCUGCGUGUGCCACACACGACCUGGCCAUCACUACAUGCAUCAGCUCGGACGUCACAUCAGUGAGAGUGCCAUAAAAGCCACAUGGGAAAGGACAAUUGCAACGUCAUAACCAGUCCUCAAGCCACUCCAAAAUGGGGACUGAAUUGUCCCCUCAGUCGGCAACCUUCAAAGACAAGACUCUUGGCACGUCAUGCUAGCUUCAAACCCACCAGAUUUAUUGUUAUGUGGAGUCCGCUGGUGCGUCCUGAGAAUGAACUCCCCAAUACCGGCCUCACUGUCUCUUCUCUCGCCAAUGCAUCAGUUGGUUCUUCCGUUUGAACCGCUGACUAAUAGGGGAUUUAAUUCGGCAAUAUACAAAAUUAGGCCUCCCAUCUACGUGUACCACACACGACUCAACCCCCGUUUUUUGACCGACACACAUCGAAAUACAUUCUUCACAACUAGGCUAAAUGUGCGUCUUCUGUCAGGCACAUAUGGGCGAUGGCAAAGAGGAUCACGUGCUUGCUACAGGAGACAGGCGUGUGCUUAUGGGAGCAGUAUGCACCUCCGCGUUGUGGAGUAGAAACAUAGAUGGCCCAGGGAUCUGUGCGCGAAAGGGUGAGAUGCGGACUUCGGUGGAUAACGGAAGAUUUUAAUGGUGGCACAUAUGGGACUGUGAUGACAGACGAGGCAUUAGCAUCGGGUCUAUGUUGGGGCUUCUGUCACUCCUUCACCGGCUUCAGUGCGAUGAAUUAGUGGAUUACCGUUCAGUGCAAUGCGAAAUUAAAGUGUGCGGAGCAAUACGGAGAGGAUGGUACUGUUGCUACUGCACUGCUGUCAGUGACGAAGCUGUCACCUGUGGCAGCGACGCUGGUGGUGCUGGAGGCAGUGGUGAUAGUGAUGGUGAUGGCGGUGGUGGUGAUAAUGGUGGUGGUGGCGGUGGUGUUGGUGGUGAUGGUAGUGGUGUUUGCGGUGGUAGUGGUGUUUGUGGUGGUGGUGGUGGCGGCGGUGGUGGUGGUGGUGGUGGUGGUGGUGGUGGUGGUGGCGGCGGCGGCGGCGGUGGUGAUGGUGGUGGUGGUGGUGAUGGCGAUAGUGGUGGCAGAGUAGGUUAA